AUGUACAGCACACCCUGGCACUUGCCAGAUGUUGAGAAGAAGCAUGGCAGAGCCGUGAGUGAAUGCAGAAAGAUGGCAUCGCGCUUUGAAGUGGGGUUCGAUUGUGCGAGUGCAACGAUGGUGGAUGGGUGGCCACGGAAGACGUGCCUCUCUAGACCUGAAGACAAUCAGGAAUUGUCAUACGAAGCUCAUGACGACGGGACGUGGUGCGAAGUGGACGUCCUUCGACAUCCCGGUCUCAAGAUGUUGUUGAAACAGUUCGACAGACAAUUGAAUGCAGCCCAAAAAAGUCGCUGCGACAUACGACCAAGGAGACUGGCACGUGUGACCGCUCGGACGAACCUCAUAACUCUCAUGCUACACCAGCUAGAUAUGGAAUUCCGAAUAGGCAACGAACCGAAAUUCAUGGAUGAGUACAUCCCAGAAGAACUCUUCGGAAGCCUUACAUUUCAAAAUGUGGAAAUAAGUUGGCACCAUAAACCAUCACUCCAGUCUCAGCGCAAUGCAUUUCCCCUUAAGAAAAUCAUCCCCAUGGCAAUCCUUCCAUUUCAAAACAGUCUAGUGAAUCUCACCAUUCAAUCUGGGAAUUUAGAAGAUUUCCCAUUCCAUAUUCUUCAUGAAUUGAAUCUUCUGAAAUAUCUCGACCUAUCUGGGAAUUCAUUAACUUCAAUCCCGACCCUCAAGAGUAAGAGCAUCUUGAUACUGCAUCUUCGGAAUAAUAAGAUUACUCGAGUGGAGGGAGACAGAUGGGAGACUCUGAACUUGAAGGAACUUGACCUCUCCUCGAAUUCCCUGACCUCCAUCCCAGUCCUCAAAUUUGGCAGCCUCGAGAUACUGGAUCUAAGGUUUAAUAGGAUUACUCGAGUGAACGGAGACGAAUUGGAGACACCGAACUUGAAGGAACUUGACCUCUCCUCGAAUUCCCUGACCUCUAUCCCAGCCCUCAAAUUUGGCAGCCUCGAGAUAAUGGAUCUUCAGAAAAAUAAUAUUACUCGAAUUGAGGGAGGCGGAUGGGAGACUCCGAACUUGAAGAAACUUGAUCUCUCCUGGAAUUCUCUAACCACUGUCUCAGCGCUAAAGAUACACAGCCUAGAGACACUGAAUCUUCGAUCUAAUAAAAUUAAUCAAGUGGAGGGACACGGAUUGGAGACUCCGAACUUGAAGAAACUGGAUCUCUCCUCGAAUUCCCUGACCUCUAUCCCAGCCCUCAAAUUUGGCAGCCUCGAGAUACUGGAUCUAAUGUUUAAUAACAUUACUCGAGUGGAGGGAUACGGAUGGGAGACUCCAAACUUGAAGAAACUUGAUCUCUCCUGGAAUUCUCUAACAACUGUCCCAGCCCUCAAAAUUGGCAGCCUUGAGAUACUGCAUCUUGGGUUUAAUAUGAUUAAUCGAGUGGAGGGAGACGAAUUGGAGACGCCCAACUUAAAGGAACUUGACCUCUCCUCGAAUUCCCUGACCUCUAUCCCAGCCCUCAAAUUUGACAGACUCGAGAUAGUGGAUCUUCAGAAUAAUGUGAUUACUCGUGUAGAGGGAGACAAAUUGGAGACUCCGAACUUAGAGGAACUUGACCUCUCCUCGAAUUCUCUAACCUCUGUCCCAGCCCUCAAAAUUGGCAGCCUUGAGAUACUGCAUCUUGGGUUUAAUAUGAUUACUCGAGUGGAGGGAGACGAGUUGGAGACGCCGAACUUGAAGAAACUGGAUCUCUCCUCGAAUUCCCUGACCUCUAUCCCAGCCCUCAAAUUUGGCAGCCUCGAGAUAAUGGAUCUUCAGAAAAAUAAUAUUACUGGAAUGGAUGGAGGCGGAUGGGAGACUCCGAACUUGAAGAAACUUGAUCUCUCCUGGAAUUCUCUAACCACUGUCCCAGCCCUGAAGUUACACAGCCUGGAGAUACUGAAUCUUGGAUCUAAUAAGAUUACUCGAGUGGAGGGAGACGGAUUGGAGACUCCGAACUUGAAGAAACUGGAUCUCUCCUUGAAUUCUCUAACCUCUGCCCCUGCCCUAAAGUUUGUCUAUGCCUGCAAUGCAUUCCGACCUGGACCACGUAAUUCCUCCCAUGUCCAGCCAGCUCGGGAUCGCGCAUACCGUCACCCGCACCUCCGACCUUGCCUCCCCACACUCCCUAAUCGCCUUCCUCAGCUUGCCCAUGAUGAGUUCAGAGCCAGACUUGGGAUUAUCGUUGGUCCCUACGUGAAGGACCACCAACACUUACUCGGCUGGCUCGGAGCACACCACCGACCUGACUUUAUCCUUAACGUGUUCAAUCCCAGCACCAGGGAAAAUGAUAUACUAUGGAAAAAAAGGCGUGUGAACUGUGAGAAAGUUUGGGAUUCAAGGAUAGUUGAUGCCACUCUACCUGAAGAGGUUGGCAAAAACAACACAGAAUGCAUUAAACACGACAGGUAUGAGACUGGAACCGUUGUUGAAUACGAGUGCAACCAGUAUUACAUUCUGAAGGAAUCACGGCGUCGGAUUUGCAAAACGAACGGACAAUGGAGUGGAAGAAAUCAAUUCUGUGAGCCGGGUUGUGGGAGAAGAGUGCCUCUGGGUUCGUCAGCAGGUGGAAAACCUUCAGUAAUUGGAAAGUGGCCUUGGCAAGCGGCCAUUUAUGACGUCAAGGGUGAGCUCCUCAUUUGUGGAGGGGCACUCAUACGAGAAGACUGGGUUUUGACAGCCGCUCGUUGCCUCGCCUUGGAUGGUACUGCACGUCCUCGGCCCAAAGAAGAUUUCCUCGUUUAUUUAGGAAAACAUUAUCGUAAUGACUCCUUGGACGACGAAUUUGUAGAAAAGAGGAAGGUUGUGGGAGAAGAGUGCCACGGGGUUUGUCAGCAGGUGGAAAAUCUUCAGGAAUUGGAAAGUGGCCUUGGCAAGCGGCCAUUUAUGACGUCAAAGGUUUCUACGGUCAUCCUUCAUAGUGGCUUCAACCGAUACAACUUCGACUCUGACAUUGCCUUGUUGAAACUAAGCCACCCAGUAGAGUUGACCGAGCGGGUGCAAUUGAUAUGCCUCCCGACACAUCAGUUCCUUCACUUCUCCCUCCGUUUAGAACUCUUACCUUCAUCUCCUACCCACUCUAAAACAAAAAAG